AUGCUUGAUUUGAUGGAAGUCAUUCAAUAUCUGCAUUCUGCCUUUGAAAAUUGUCCCAAGCCAUUCAUUUCCAGCCAAUCACACCCAUCUCACCAGUGUGUGGUAGAGAUGGGUAUCCUCUACUUGGGGUGCCAGAUUGAGGUGGCCUCUGUACAUCUGAAGCAGACUGCCAAUAUCACAGGAUGGCCUGCACAUUGGUUCACAAACCUAGCAAUGGACUUGAAUCAGCUUAAUACCUUGAUCCUGGUGAUGGUGUCAUGUGCCAAUUAUACUCCUCCCCUCCCAGCAUGUUACCAUGCAUACCUCAGACACCAACAUGAUGAGGAUAGCUUCCACAAUCAAAUGCAGCUAAUUCCCCUUAGUGCAUUUUGCAUAAUCAACAAUAUCAGUGCCAUCAUCCUGCAUUGGACCCCACAUGCAGCUGAUCCCAAUUCUGGCUUUGCAUUCCCUUGGUGGCUAUAUUGUUCUGAGGAAUACAAAGCAGAUUCCCAAAGAUUGCAAGGCAAGGGAUUGUUUUCCAUGGCCUGGGAUUUUUUUAAGUUGAUGAUGGCCCAGGGCUUAUGGCCAUUGCCUGAGGUGCCAAUUGCAGACUGGCUCAAUGGCCAUAUCAAGGAGCAGGUUGUUGGGUAUGCCACUUCAAUAGUUUACAUGUUUUUGACUGUGGAAUACAUUGCUGUGAAUGUUGAUCAUUUAUGA